GCGCAAGUGCGGAACUGCGCUGGCCCCGAGGCUGAGUGGUUUCCGGUCGGUGGUGCCUCACCGGCUGCCUGGAGACGUGUAACGGACGGUAGACCGCCGCCAUGGCCGAGAGGAAACCUAACGGUGGCAGCGGGGGCGCCUCCGCCUCCUCGUCGGGCACUAACUUACUCUUCUCCUCCUCGGCCACGGAGUUCAGCUUCACUGUGCCCUUCAUCCCAGUCACCCAAGCCGCUUCCGCCUCUGCCUCCCUGCUCUUGCCCGGAGAGGAUUCCACAGAUGUUGGCGAGGAGGACAGCUUCCUUGGUCAGACUUCCAUUCACACGUCUACUCCACAGACAUUUAGUUACUUCUCUCAGGUAUCAAGCAGUAGUGAUCCUUUUGGCAAUAUUGGACAGUCACCAUCGACAACUGCAGCAGUAUCAGUUGGACACUCGGUGUUCUCCAAGCCCCCAACUGCUUUCCCUCUUACAACUGGAUCCCAGGAUGUGUCAAAUGUGUUUUCACCAUCCAUUCUGAAGGCUCAACAUGGUGCUCUACCUUCUUCACCAAUGGGAAUAAAUACUUAUCUGCCUUCUCAACCGAGUGGUCUUCCACCUUCAAGUUUUGGGAGCCCACCCCAAGGAACCCCCCAACCAGGACACAAUCCAUAUCGUCAUACCCCUGUCAGCAGCAGGGCUAGUCCUUACAUAGCACCACCUCAGCUGCAACAGUGCCAAACACCAGGCCAUCACACUCCUCCUCCACCCUCUGCACCCCCUGUUCAGAUGUACCAGAUGCCUCCAGGAUCUUUGCCACCGCUAGUCCAGCCGGACCCUGAGAGUGUGGUCUUAGGUACGGAUGGAGGGCGCUAUGAUGUGCACCUCUAUGACCGUGUAAGGAAAGCUGUCUACUGGGAAGAGGAGCCGGCUGAAGUGAGACGCUGUACAUGGUUUUACAAGGGGGACACAGAUAGCAGAUUUAUUCCCUAUACAGAGGAGUUCAGUGAAAAACUAGAGGCUGAAUAUAAAAAAGCUGUAACUACGAAUCAGUGGCACCGUAGGUUAGAGUUUCCAAGUGGAGAGACGAUUGUUAUGCACAAUCCAAAGGUUAUUGUUCAGUUCCAGCCUUCCUCAGUGCCGGAUGAAUGGGGGACCACACAGGAUGGACAGACAAGGCCUCGUGUUGUCAAGCGUGGAAUUGAUGAUAACCUUGAUGAAAUUCCCAAUGGGGAAAUGCCUCAGGUUGACCAUUUGGUGUUCAUGGUGCAUGGAAUUGGACCUGUGUGUGACUUGCGCUUUCGAAGCAUUGUUGAAUGUGUGGAUGAUUUUAGGGUGGUUUCUCUCAAAUUGCUGCAGACACAUUUCAAGAAAUCUUUAGAUGAUGGGAAAAUAAGCAGAGUGGAGUUUCUUCCAGUUCACUGGCACAGUUCCCUAGGUGGGGACGCCACAGGUGUUGACAGGAAUAUUAAGAAAAUCACCUUACCCAGUAUUGGUCGGUUUCGGCAUUUUACCAAUGAAACCUUGCUAGAUAUUUUAUUUUAUAAUAGCCCUACCUACUGCCAGACAAUUGUGGAAAAAGUAGGAAUGGAGAUAAACCGUCUACAUGCACUCUUUAUGAGUCGGAACCCAGAUUUCAAAGGAGGAGUCUCCGUUGCUGGUCACAGUUUAGGUUCUUUAAUAUUGUUUGACAUCUUGUCUAAUCAAAAAGAUUGGGAUUUAUCAAAGUCUCCUGGGCCUCCUUCUGUUGCUAAUGGAGUUGUGAAGCAGCCACAAUUUCAGGAAAAGCAGAUGCCUGAAGAGCCAAAGCUGACUUUGGAUGAGACAUGUAACCUCAAUGAUGAAAAGAAAGUCCUAACUUUGCAAGAAACUCUGGAAGCACUUAACCUUGCUGAAUAUGUUAGCACGUUUGAAAAGGAAAAGAUUGAUACGGAAUCUCUGUUUAUGUGCACAGUUGAUGACCUGAAGGAGAUGGGGAUACCCCUUGGACCCAGAAAGAAAAUAGCUAACUUUGUAGGACGUAAAGCAGCCAAACCGGAACAGAAAAAAGCAGCAUCAGAAAAGAAGGCAGUGAUGCCCGCUUCUACAAAAGGACAAGAGGAAGGUGCUCAGAGAACGAAAGAAACGGCUUCUGUCCCCUCUGAAUCCAGCGAGUCCCAGAGGAGACUUCCAGUUGGUGCUUACGUUUCUUCUGUGCGUGUUGAUUAUGAUUCUUUCAAAGUCGGCACAGGACAGGUUUCUAUUGUUUAUGACUCAUUAGAUUUUGAACCAGAAAUAUUCUUUGCCUUGGGAUCUCCAAUUGGUAUGUUUCUCACCAUUCGAGGAAUUGAUAGGAUAGAUGAGAAUUACAGGCUUCCUACCUGUAAAGGAUUCUUCAAUAUUUAUCAUCCGCUUGAUCCAGUGGCAUAUAGAUUAGAACCUAUGAUUGUUCCAGAUUUGGAUCUAAAAGCAGUUCUUAUUCCACAUCACAAAGGCAGAAAAAGACUUCAUUUAGAGUUGAAAGAAAGUCUCUCUCGUAUGGGAUCUGAUUUGAAGCAGGGUUUCAUUAGUUCUCUGAAAAGUGCCUGGCAGACAUUAAACGAAUUUGCCCGCGCUCAUACGUCUUCAACUCAGUUGCAAGAAGAAUUAGAGAAGGUGGCCAAUCAAAUCAAAGAAGAGGAGGAAAAGCAAGUAGUUGAAGCAGAAAAGAUUGUUGAAAGUCCAGAUUUUUCCAAGGAUGAGGACUACUUAGGAAAGGUUGGAAUGUUAAACGGAGGCCGCAGAAUUGACUACGUUCUUCAAGAAAAGCCAAUUGAGAGUUUUAAUGAGUAUCUUUUUGCUCUUCAGAGUCACUUAUGCUAUUGGGAAUCUGAAGAUACUGCCUUAUUAUUACUUAAGGAAAUUUAUCGAACAAUGAACAUUAGUCCAGAGCAGGCCCAGCAUUGAUCAGAUUUCGAUUUUACUCUAUUUUCUUGUCUUCACAAAAAGUCCAGUGUAACUUAGGUUGCUGAGAAAACCCUCAGAAGCCAUUCUUUUGCUCCAGUGAUGGAUGACAGAAAAAUGAUUCAUCAACAGUUGCUCAGAUAACAAUUCUCGGAUGUAAGGAUCCAUUAAAGACAAUACACAGAACCAAAAGACAAUGAAAAAAAUAAUCUGUACCAUAUUUGGAUAGUACAGAUGAAAUAUAAAUUCUAAAAAUGAUGUAAUGAAAAAUUGCUCAGAUCAGUUUAGUUACACAGUUGUUAAAGUUAGGUGUCAUAUCAAUGAAGAAAUACUAGUAGCAUGCAAAUGGUUGUUCUGUUUCUUAAAAAACUAUUGUCAAUGGGCUAUUAAACUUGCAAAUUUCUUUUUAUUAAUGUAGUAUGUUCUUUUUAUUCAGGUAUGGACUUCUUGAGAAACCAUAGUAAUAUGAUUUUUAAGAAAUUUAUGUUCUACUUUAAAUCUGAAUUGUAGUUCUGAGCUGCCUUAAUGCAGGGUCAUUUGUAUUUAUUAAGAGGAGGUAACCAGGAUCACUUAUAUUUCAAGCUGAAUCUGAGAUUUUAUAAAGCCUUUAAACUAUUGUUGGAGAGGCUCCUUGCGGCAGGAAGUGAACUGCACCUUACUUUACAGAAGUCCUACAAAGAGCUCUCCUAGCAUGUCCAUCUCCAGUAGGAGAGGGGAGGAAAUGAAAGAUUUUUUAUUUUGUCGUCUGACGUGGCUGUGCAAUUGCCUUGUUGCUGAUGUUCCAAUUAAUGUGAGAACCAAAGUAGAGAUUUUUCCUUUUUUUAUUUUUUGGGUUUGUAUUAAUUUCACUUAUACCAAAGUGUUUGAAAAUAUGAAAUGUAUUGUUUUUAGGCUAGAAGGCUACUUCAUGAAAAGACUGCUCUGUAAUAAUUCACUUUGUGUACUAUAAAUUCAAGUUAUCUAAAUAUUUUCCUAAUACAUGAACAUACUGAUUUUCUUCUUUUGUUAUGUGGUAGAAACAUUUUACAUUGUUUACAUAGUUCUCAUGGAACAUGGAAUUUUUUGAAAGUGGCCUAUGAUACACAUUUUUUGUGUAUAUAUUCUAAUUAGUGUGAAUAAAGGAGUAGCAUCAAUGCAUUUUUUUAAGAAGCAAA